AUGUCCAUCAAACCGCCGUUCACGCUUGCCUCUGCUAUCAAAAAAGUCAAGGUCGCCCAAGACCUUUGGAACUCAAAGGAACCUGCCAAAGUUGCUCUUGCUUAUACGCACAACACCAUCUGGCGUAACAGAGGUUGCUUCCUGUCAGGCAGAGACGAAGUAAUAGAGUUCUUGACGCAGAAGUGGAAGACCGAGCAUGGUUAUCGGUUGAGGAAGGAGCUCUUCACGUUCCGCGACAACAAGAUUGCAGUUCAGUUCUUCUAUGAAUGGAACGGACAAUCUGACCUUAAAGGGCAAUGGCAUCGAACCUAUGGCAUGGAGAACUGGACAUACGAUGAAGAUGGGAUAAUGAAAAAGCGCAUGAUGUGUGGCAACGACAUCGAAAUUAAUGAGGAUGAGCGAUGGUUCAAACCAGGUGUAGACGUUGAUUCUGUAGAAAUUACCGAAAAACACUUGUGAAAGGUAUUGUACAAUCCCAAGAAGUUUUGCAAAUACUGUCUACUUCAGUUGAG